GGAGAUACGCCUUCCCCAAAAAUAAAAAAAGAAACAAAUAAGGUAACAAAGAGCAGAUACCCGAUGGCAGCAGAAUAAAUCAGAGGAUGAUGAAGAUGUCAGGAAGAGUCACGAGUUGCUGUGUGGCUCUGUUUCUCGCCCUGACCUCUGUGUCGGCUGUGCAACGACUUGAAUCAAUCUGUGCGUUGAAGAAAAUUGACUUUGACCAAUCUGUGCCAAAGCACAGUCUUGUGCUGCUUUACUGGUUUGCCAACACAGUUGACAUCGACAAUAAUAAUGUCAUAAGGCUGACCUUCAACCCAAACAGUGGGGAUUAUGGCUCACAUCAGUAUGGCAACUACGAGAGGGUGCUGGACCCACUGCCUCGGGGAAAUAGAUACUACACUGUUGGCAAUCUCCAUCGGGGAACAUCUGUGCCGCUUCCACACUAUGUUGUUAAUCCUCCAACAGAGUAUGUGGGAACAAACAGGGAUCGGAUCAUCAUUCGUGUCAGCGAGCAGAACACAGGACGGAGAGCUUUGCAGAGCAUAGACCAAGUGUAUAUCACACAGCAUUAUGACACCUCUGAGGGUCAGGGGACACGUUAUGAUCCAGCUCACACCUACAGGGUCACUAUUAACCUGUUGAGACAGAUCAGGGAGUUUUCUGAGGGACAAAACCAACAGCAACUGCAGUAUCUCAGAAACCUCUAUAGAAGUAACGCUGAUGACUUCCUGUUAAGGCACAUCAGAAACACAUGGGGUGACCUUGCUGGUCUCGGACUGCUGUUGCUUAUUGUGAUCCAGGAAAAGUACUCUCCUAACCAACACAACAACAGACAUGGAAACAAAAGACAUCAUUGGGAUGAUGGCUCUUGGGAGACCAUAAGCAAUGAUUCGGGAGAUUUUCAAAACCAAGGUGACGUUGUGGUGGAUUUCUACGAUGAUGAUGACACUUGGGAGACUGUGAGCAAUGAUUCUAGAGAUUUUCAAAACUAUGGUGACGUUGUGGUGGAUUUCUACAACGAUGAGGACCACGAAGCCCGCUGGAUGACUGGGUUUACCAGAGAUGGAAGUUACAACACCGUAGUACCUUGGAACAAUGAGGGAAGGUCGCACUGUUGUACUUGUUGUAUUUGCUGCAUUUGUUGUAUUGCCUCCAUGUGUUUAAUUUUAUUGUGCACUUUAUUUUAUUUUUUUUAUCUGAGAAAAUAAGAAAAACUUGAUCUAUCCUGAGUUAAAUUGCCACAUAGCAGUUAGAACACCGAGUGGGAAGAAAGAAUGAAAAUAUAAAAGUCCAACAUAACAAGACAAUGAGCUGCAAAUGAGAAGCAAAUCUAAAAUAUAUACAAUGUCAAAAUCAUCUUAACAGUAUGGAUCACAAAAAAUGAAGAGGUCAUGGAUCAGUCUAGGUGCUGUUGCACACAGAUAUACAUAUACAGUAUAAAUUUGAAGUACAGGUAGUGUAAGAGUACAUUGUUAAUGCAGAAUUUUCAUAAUUAUGUCGAUGAUAUUGUGCCUAAUGUCCCAUUAUUGUACAUUAUGUCCCGUGAAUCAGUUGUGACAAGAUGAGUUGUAAUGCUAAAAAAUCUGAUGUAGUGCAAAAGAGACAGUGAAUCUGAAGAGAAAGAAAAGGGAAAGUUACAAAACUGCAGUUUGUAAAUAAC